CAUCACUAGCCUAUGAAUCGCUCUGUCUGCCAGCAAAAAACAAGAAAAUUUUCACCCGCAACACAACUAGAAAUCUUUGGUAAUUGUUUUAACCCACAACUACGGCUUCACAGUGGACAUCGUCAAGCGCUAAGGAGGCAACCGAACGCACACCGCUCAUGGACGGCCAUGUCAAUGCCUCGUCCUCGUCAAGGAGUGGCGCUGGCGCUGAUGGUAGUGGCCUGAGCGGCGCAGCAGAGCGUUUGGAGCGUCCUCCAAGGCGAAAGCAGCCAAGAAGCAGUUAUGGCUCCAAUAAUCAGGAUCAAACAGAUGCGGCUGUACUUGCUGUCCCCAAUGUGGCUGUGAGGGGCGGCCCUUCCGGCUCUUCUCGACCAGCGAGAUUGAGUGGCGGUGGCGCCGGACCUACCCCAAAUGAAAACGAAGAGGAUCAGGGCUUGAAAUACGGCGCACAGCAUGUCAUCAAGCUCUUUGUGCCCGUCUCCUUGUGCAUGCUGCUGGUGGUGGCCACAAUCAACUCGAUCAGCUUCUACUCCAGCACUGAUGUCUAUCUUCUGUACACUCCCUUCCAUGAGCUCUCACCCGAGCCGAGUGUGAAAUUCUGGAAUGCUCUGGCCAAUUCUUUGAUUCUGAUGAGCGUGGUGGUUGUGAUGACAAUUCUAUUGAUUGUCCUUUAUAAGAAACGUUGCUACCGCAUCAUCCAUGGCUGGUUGAUACUCUCUUCCUUCAUGCUCUUGUUCAUUUUCACGUACUUAUACUUGGAGGAGCUACUACGCGCCUACAACAUACCCAUGGACUAUCCCACUGCCCUGCUAUUUAUGUGGAACUUUGGUGUGGUUGGCAUGAUGUCCAUACAUUGGCAGGGACCUUUGAGACUGCAGCAGGGAUAUCUCAUAUUUGUUGCUGCCCUCAUGGCUUUGGUCUUUAUUAAAUAUCUGCCAGAGUGGACUGCCUGGGCUGUCUUGGCAGCCAUUUCUAUUUGGGAUCUCAUUGCUGUCCUCACACCUCGAGGACCUCUGCGCAUACUUGUGGAAACGGCUCAGGAGCGUAAUGAACAAAUUUUCCCCGCGUUGAUCUACUCCUCCACUGUCAUCUAUACGUAUAUGGGCACACAUUAUACACCGCAACAAACGGAGCCCGCAGUCACUUCCUCGCCCUCAUCGAGCAAUUCGACCACAACCACAAGAGCCACACAAAACUCUUUGGCAUCGCCAGAGGCGGCUGUGGCCAGCAGCAGCUCCCGCACAGGUAAUACCAAUCGCACAAAUCCUCACCAGAAUCAGCGGGAUGAUAGCAACGUAAUGGCAGCUGAAGGUAUGCCACUUGUGACUUUUAAAAGCAAUUUGCGCGGAAACGCUGAGGCAGCUGGCUUCACCCAGGAAUGGUCUGACAAUCUCAAUGACCGUGUGGCGCGUCGCCAGAUUGAAGUUCAGAGCACACAGAGCGGCAAUGCCCAACGUUCCAACGAGUAUCGCACUGUCACAGCACCAGAUCAGGCUCAAGCAGAUGCACAGGAGGAGCGUGGCAUCAAGUUGGGACUCGGCGACUUUAUCUUCUAUUCGGUAUUAGUGGGAAAGGCAUCCAGUUAUGGCGACUGGACCACAACGAUUGCCUGUUUUGUGGCCAUCUUGAUUGGACUCUGUCUCACGCUGCUCCUUCUGGCUGUGUGGCGUAAAGCUCUGCCAGCCCUGCCCAUUUCCAUAACAUUUGGCUUGAUAUUCUGCUUUGCCACGAGCGCAGUGGUUAAGCCAUUCAUGGAGAACCUGUCGGCCAAGCAGGUCUUCAUAUAAGAAACACACAGGAAUUAAGUGGACAAGGACAAGUCUAUGUCCCUCUUAUCAUAGUCUAAAAAAGCUUUUUAAACUUCAAUCUUUAUUAACAAAAUGCAUAGUAACAGAGAAACUA